AUGGCCACCACCUCGUCGACACGCACCAGCCUAUGCGCUGCCUUCUUCCUGUUGCUGUCGCUCACACAGGCCUUCUACAUCCCUGGAUGGUCAAUCAAAAGCUAUAGCGACGGCGAUGUAAUACCGCUGCUCGUUAACAAGGUCUACUCAGACAAGACCCAAAUACAAUACGCCUACUCGGAACUCCCCUUUGUAUGCCCACCCAGCGGUCGUCGACGAGCCGGCGGUCUUAUCUCUGGUUCGAGCAUCGCAUUAAACCUGGGUGAAGUCCUCCGAGGCGAUCGCAUCAUCGUCAGCGACUAUGAGCUGGAAAUGGGGAAAGACGACGAGGUUCACUACCUCUGCAGUCACAAGGUGGAUAGGGCAGGCCUGCGAAAGGCGCAAGAGAUUGUAAAGGACAACUAUGUGGCCGAAUGGGUCGUCGACAACUUGCCCGGCGCAACAAACUUCGUGUCGGCCGACAAGACUCGCAAAUACUACGCUUCAGGCUUCAAAAUGGGCUUCCAAGACGAGGACCCUACCACUGGUCGUCCUCGUUACUUCAUAAACAACCACGUCACCCUCGUCAUACGAUACCACAUGGCUCCAGGAAGAGAUGGACAACAAGGCAAGAAGGUCAUUGUCGGUUUUGAGGUUUAUGCAAAGAGCAUCGAGGCUGGUAACAGAGAUGCUCAAGGCAUACCUGCUUCCAUCACCGACGUCAGCAACGGCAUGGAAUUGACUAUGCGCAAGAACGGUACUGCUGCCGCUGCUGCUUCUUACUACUCCUCCGACUCGACCUACCACCCGGCGACCAUCGACGACGUUGAUGAGGAUGCUACUCUUACAAUUCCCUACACGUACUCUGUGUACUUCAGAGAGGAGCUACAUGUUGAGUGGCAGAACCGCUGGAGCCUUUUCUUCGCUGAUCAGGAGGACACGACUGGUACUCACUGGUUCGCCAUCAUGAACUCGAUCAUCAUUUCUGGUUUGCUCACAGCCGUUGUCGCUGUCAUUUUCACUCGUACCAUUCGUGGUGACCUCAAGACGCCGAACGUCGAGGAGGGCAAGUUGAAGGUCAAGCGCGGCAGAACUGGUACUCGCUCACCCCGUAAGCCUGAAGAGAAGGCUGGCGGAUUACUGGAUCAAGGCGAUGGCGACAAUGACAUUUCCUCCGACGAUGAAUCCGUGGAAGAUCUCACUGGCUGGAAACUGGUCCACGCUGACGUCUUCCGUGCGCCUGCGUAUGGUGGUGUUCUGGCUGCUCUUGUUGGUUCUGGUACUCAACUCGUCUUCGUUGUGGCUGGCUUGAUCAUUCUGUCUUGUUUCGGCAUUCUCAACCCCUCCUUCAGAGGGGGCUUUAUCAGCGUCGCCGUCGCUCUUUUCGUUCUCGCUGGUCUCGUUUCUGGUUACUUCUCUGCCCGUGUCUACAAAACUUUCGGCGGUCAGGUCUGGCAAAAGAACUGCUUUGUCACCGCAACUCUUUUCCCCGGUCUGGUCUUCACAAUCGUAUUCAUUCUUAAUCUUUUCGUUUGGGCGCAGGCAUCGAGCACUGCUUUGCCUUUCGGAACUCUCGUUGGCCUUGUCGCACUCUGGCUCCUCAUUCAACUUCCACUCGUCUACAUCGGCUCCUGGUACGGUUUUGUGCGCGUUGGAGCCUGGUCUCAUCCUAUCCGAGCCAACACCAUUCCUCGCCAGAUCCCUCAACAGAGUUGGUACAUUCGCAGCUGGCAGAGCAUCCUUCUCGCCGGACUGCCCGCAUUUUUCGUCAUCGCCAUCGAACUGAUGUUCGUCUUCAAGAGCAUCUGGCAAGACAAGAGUGGCUAUUACUACGUGUUUGGCUUCCUUGCUGUUGUAGCGACCAUGCUUGUUGCAGUUGUCAUGGAGGUCACAGUCAUAGCUGUGUACAUUCAGCUAUGCUCUGAGAACUACCAUUGGUGGUGGCACAGUUUCAUGGUCGGUGCCUCGAGCAGUUUCUGGAUCUUCGCCUAUUGUGUUUAUUACUACUUCAACCACCUGCAUAUUCACGGCUUCGUUUCGUCGCUUCUUUUCUUCGCAUACUCCGGUCUUGCAUGCGCUGUUUAUGCUCUUCUGACUGGAACCAUCGGCUUCUUGACCGCGUACGCGUUUGUCCGUAGGAUCUAUGGCGCUAUCAAGGCUGAUUGA